AUGGGCUCGCUUCCCGCGGAGUCCCUUGAGCAGGAGGUGCUGCGCGCCCCCGCCUCCGUCAAGGCCUGGCUGCGGCUCGUCCACGCCAUUCAGGGCGCCGAGUUCGAGAGUAGCGCCGCGAAGGCGAACGCCACAAACAUCGCCUACGAGCGUGCCCUCAGAGCGAACGGCUUCUCGUACAAGCUCUGGAUGAGGUACAUUGCGUACCGCCAGGAGCAGACGAAGGGGCUCUCCUCGUCUCAUGAGUGGUUUAGGGCGCUGCGAGACAUCUACGACCGAGCCGUUGAUAAGCUGCCCAUGAUGCCGCUCCUCUGGGUGUCUUUUCUGGAGUUCCUGAUGGACGCGGCCGUGCCCCCGCGUCUGACACUCGUCCGGCACACCAUCCUUCGGGCGCUGCGGGCUCUUCCGGUGACCCAGCACCACCGCGUCUGGCGCCUCGCAAAGCGCUGGGCGCAGCAGCCCCACGUACCCGCCGAGACGGCAAAGUACUUGUGGCGGCUGUACCUCCUGUUUGACCCACGUGCCGCAAACCAACGCGAUUACUUCCUUAUGUUGUGGGAAAAAGGAAGCCCAGGUGAGUUUCUCACAGAGUGUGCUGCGUUCCUCCUCGAUGGUGCCCCGCACGAGGAUCUCUUGCGAGACACAACCUUCUGGGAGACGGCACGCCUCGCCCUCGAGACGAAGGACUUGCGCUUUGGCGGAGACCUUGCACAAAUAGAAAAAUUGGUGGUGGUGGCGGCAGAGUACUGCGCCUCUGCUGCGGAGUUUAAAAUCUCACACGCCGUGUUCCUGGCUGGCCAAGGGGAGUUCGCAAAGGCCCGGGUGGCACUUUGGGCACUGCUCGAAAACGCGGACGACCCCACGAUCUUCUCAAGGGCCUUCAGCAUGGCGGUGGCGUUUGAGGAUCAGAUCGUUGACUCCCUAGCAAUGGAUCCGUCCAUUCAAGCCUGCACUACUGCGGAGCGCCAACUAAUCGUGGAAAAACUCUGCGGUGACACGCGUGAUCCUUUGAGUCACCUGCUCCGCCUCACUCAGCAGCACGCACUUCUACUAAAUCAAGUUCGGCUUAGAGAAAAUCGUCGGGACACUGCCAUGUGGCUAAAGCGCGUUGAAUUGCUGCAAGAAAUGAUGUGCGACAAUCGAGCCUCUCACGACGACGUGGUUGCGCUCUAUCGACAGGCCAUUGCGCAGUGCAGCUCCGGGCUUCAGCUGGUGGAGUUGGAGGUAGCGCAGCUGUUUGAAUCCUACGCGUGUUAUCUCUGGGAUAGCGAUUCCAGGAGGGACGCGAUUGCCCUCCUCAAGGAUGCCGCUUGGCAUAUUUCCUUUUCUUCGACCACGGGUAAUCUGCUCUUGCUGGGGCUGCUUGUUGAGUUUAUGCUGAUGUCCUCCACUCGAGAGGAUUGCUUGCGUGAACUUCUCUCAAAACUUCAGGAAGUUAACGCAUCCAACCCCGUCCGAUCCAGGGGACUGGUUAAAGGUGGGGUGGUGACCGGGUUACAAGAGGAUUCUCGGGCGUGGAUGCUAGCUGUGGAUGUCGCUUUUGAUGAUGCGUCAGCGGAAACACUGGCAAACGUGAUCGACGCGUAUAACAACUCCGCUGCCUACUCGGCGGAGGGUGCCUGCUAUGUGGCUGGUCGACUCUGGCACAGCGGCCACGCGCAUGAUGCGUUUCGUGAGUUUGAGCGGGCUCUGGUCGCGUUCAAGGGCGCGCCGGUGGCAAUGUUGUACGUUCUGCAGCAGUACUUGAGCUCUUUGUGUCUGUCCCGUGGGGAGCAGCUACCGCUUCACCGCCUCCGUGAGCUUACGCGACUGGGCCUGGAAGCCGUUCCGCGCACGCUGCAUUUCUGUCCGGCCUUCUCGGUGGAGUACCUACUUAAUUGCGCCGCCCUGGAGUCUCGCUUGGGGCUCUUCGACACUGCAGUCAAGGUCGCCCAAGACUGCCUCGAGGCGGUGCAGCGAUGUGGCGGUGUUGCGGAAGGUUUUUUGCUGUGCCUUGCGGACACCGUCCUGGAUGUCACCCUCACACUUCAGGGAAGCCAAAUGUUUCGCCAGUAUUGCGCCAAGCUGCUUCAACGGCCACAUCUGCAUGCUCCUUUUGUGCAGCGGGUGGCACUCUGGUGGGCCGCAGUGGAGAAACGCACGGACAACGUGGCGACGGCGCACACUGUCAUGGAUGCCUGCUGUAAGUUGCAGGAUCCCAACAGCAGUCACGGCUGCAUCUUCUGGAGCCUGUGGGAAUCUAUUUGCACCACGGUGGGUCAGUUUGAGGAGGUGCAUAAGCGAAGACAGCAGGUUGCCCUGCAGUACGCAGACGCCGCGACUCCAGCGGCUGAGGCUUUGGCGACACCCAAGGCCACAAAAACAUCGGCGUGA